CUAAACUUAAUGGAUUUAAUAGAAAGAAAUUCUCUCCAGAUCUCUUUCCUAAAAUUCUAAUGACACUUGUUAUAUAGACUGUCGUGUUUUUGACAUAUUAAAAAAUUGCUCGGCCGGAGAUGGUUCUGUUGAGAGUAGCGGUUGCUUGCGCGCAGAAAAUUGAGAGCGAAUGCUAGCUGAGGAAGGAGAGUAGGGAGGAGCACUCGAAUCCGCCGUCGCCGUCCGCCUCUCUCUCCACUUUCUCCGGAAACCAUGACUAGCUCCUCCGCCACUUCACGCAAGGCUUUAAGCAAGAUCGCCUGCAAUCGGCUGCAGAAAGAGCUGGUGGAGUGGCAGGUGAAUCCUCCGGCAGGUUUUAGUCACAAAGUCACUGAUAAUCUUCAGAGAUGGAUAAUCGAAGUCACCGGAGCGCCGGGAACUCUGUACGCUAACGAAUUGUAUCAGCUCCAAGUUGAUUUCCCCGAGCAUUACCCCAUGGAGGCACCACAGGUGAUUUUUGUCUCUCCGGCUCCUCUGCAUCCCCACAUUUAUAGCAAUGGCCAUAUUUGUUUAGACAUUCUAUAUGAUUCAUGGUCCCCAGCCAUGACGGUUAGUUCAAUCUGUAUCAGCAUUCUGUCCAUGUUAUCGAGUUCCACGGAGAAGCAACGCCCCGCGGAUAACGAUCGAUACGUGAAGAAAUGCAGGAACGGCAGAUCUCCCAAGGAGACGAGAUGGUGGUUCCAUGAUGACAAAGUGUAAUAUAAUGACCUAACAAAUGUUUGUUAACUACUUGUAAAAAAAAGGGGGUUUUGAUUUGGAUACUGUUUAAACAAUGUUAUUAUUGAAGGGGAGAGAGGGAGGGAAGGGAGGAGGCUGCCGGCUGGCAGGGGACAUGUUCCCCAACUCCUUAACAUAUUUGCUUGCCAUUGCUUAGAAUACGUGAUGGUGCUGUCUGCACACUAUUUUUUACCUUUUGCAUACAUUUUCAAAUUUCGGCAGUCAGAAGAGAAUCAAAUGAUAAAAAUUAA